AAGGUGGUUUCUAUGGCGACGUCCCGUGUGUUCUCGCGAUAUUCGGCUUAGUCUGUCACUCUCCUUGCAGACCUUGGUUAGCCAUGUAGCUUCUCGUAUCUGUCAACACUGUAUCCGGUCGUGAACGGUGAAGAUAAAACUGAAGUAAAUUCAUGGUUGCUAUUAACUUUUGUGAUAUAGUCAGAAGCGCACGCAUCGCGGAGAAAGUUCAGCGUUAAGCAGAGUCAGGAAAUGAGAUCUGAAGGCAUAUAGUUCCAGUAAUAUCAACUCUCUUGAGAUGGCAGCAUGCCCCGUCUCUUAUGACAGCCACUCUAGCGAUUCAGAAAAUUGGGAUCAAAGGACUACGUGUCGGUCUGGGAGAAUCUGCAGACACUUAAGUGGUCAGCCGCGUGGAGCUCAGCUGGAGGGUGAGCUGGUGAGAAUGAGUCUGCACGGAGCAAGCGGAGGAGGACCCCUGGACCACCCCAGGGAGAGGCGACGUUCUGGAGAUCGCUCUAGGGAUUCUUCACAUGAGAGAGGUGAAGGACAGCUGACCCCCUGCAUCAGGAACGUCACCUCACCCAUACGCCAGCACCUCACUGACCGUGAACGGGAUUCUGGCUGCUCAUCGCUCUCCACGAGUCCCAGGCCUCAGAAAUUAUGCACCUCCAGCCUGUUCUAUGGCGACUCCCACGGUAAAACCCACAGCUCUGACAUGAUCUACGUGUGCGAAAACGUCAAGGAGGGACCCCGCAGUUUGAGGACUGCAGAGAGAGUCACUCUGAUUGUAGAUAACACACGUUUUGUUGUCGACCCAUCCAUCUUCACUGCCCAACCCAACACUAUGCUCGGCAGGAUGUUCGGAUCUGGACGGGAACACAACUUCACACGUCCUAAUGAAAAGGGAGAGUAUGAGGUUGCUGAGGGAAUCAGCUCCACCAUGUUCAGAGCCAUUUUGGAUUACUACAAAUCAGGGAUAAUCCGCUGCCCUGAUGGGAUAUCCAUCCCGGAGCUGAGAGAGCAACGGGGAAACUGGACAUUAUUCCGAGCAUUUCGGAUGUCAGAGGAUGGUAGAUGUGAGAGAGCAGAAGUAGGUGCACUCAUGCAUGAGCUGUCUAAUGAUGGCGCCCGGCGGCAGUUUGAGUUCUAUCUGGAGGAGAUGGUGCUGCCUCUGAUGGUGGCCAGCGCUCAGAGCGGAGAGAGGGAGUGUCAUGUGGUGGUGCUGACGGAUGACGACGUGGUCGACUGGGAUGAGGAGUAUCCGCCGCAGAUGGGAGAGGAAUACUCACAGAUUAUAUACAGCACAAAACUAUACCGGUUCUUCAAAUACAUUGAAAACCGAGACGUUGCCAAGUCGGUUCUGAAGGAGAGAGGACUGAAAAAAAUUCGAUUAGGCAUUGAAGGAUACCCAACCUACAAAGAGAAAGUAAAGAAGCGACCCGGUGGGCGUCCGGAGGUCAUUUACAACUACGUCCAGCGGCCCUUCAUCCGUAUGUCCUGGGAGAAAGAGGAGGGCAAAAGCCGACAUGUGGAUUUCCAGUGUGUGAAAAGCAAGUCCAUCACCAACCUCGCUGCAGCCGCUGCAGACAUUCCUCAGGACCAGCUCGUGGUCAUGCAUCCUGGGCCUCAGGUGGACGAACUAGACAUCCUCCCCAACCACCCUCAGCCCAGCCACCAUUACGAUCCAGAUCCCGAUGCCUCGUCCCCGGCCAUCUGACCCCCACACACACACACACACACCCGUCACCACUCGCCACUUGAGCACUGCAGAGAGAGGUCAGCCAAGACCACAUUGCCUUUCAAGUCCUCUCCCGCCUUACGAGUCUCAAAAACUGAUCGCUGCGGCAGCACGUGACCUUUGUACACUAUGCCUUUCUGUCCCACAUAGAACUUGACCAAAGGAGGUUUUUUAUUUAAUUAGACACUCAAAGUUGGUAAUCACUCCUUUGAUUAGUAUCUGAAAUGAUUGUUAUGGAAGCAUAUUAAUGCCACAGAGCAAAAAGUAAGUAAUUGCGACUCUUCUCACAAUUCUGAGUAUAUCUUACAAUUAUGACUUUUUCAUUGCAAUUCAUAGAAAAAGUCAGAAUUGUGAGAUAUAAACUCAGAAUUGCAAAAUAUAAACUGAAUUGCAAGAAAAAAGUCAGAAUUGUGAGAGAAAAAUUAGUUGCAAUUACCUUUUUUUUUAUUCUGUGGCGGAAAAAAAUGAUGAAUUAUGUGGCAAACUUGCAAUUAUGUGUUUACAACUUGCAAUUGCAAGAAAAAAAAAAAGUCUGAAUUGUGAGAUAAAAAGUCACAAUUACCUUUUUUAUUUUUUUAUUUAGUGGCAGAAACAAGCUUCCAUAGAUUGUACUAUGUUUGUGGUGCUGUGUGACUACUGCUGUUUAACUUGGCAAUAAAAAGGAGCACAACCAACUGGAACACCCUUCAAGUUGAGCGACAUCAUGCGAUAAAACAAGAAUGCUUCCAUUAAAGUCUUUAAGCGUUCUGGCUUUGUCACGUUGUUCAACGGAGCACCUGUGGAGCCUCACUUUGAUGCAUUUCCUCUGAAUGAGUACUGAAGUGAUGUCACAUUUUUAUUGUACCGUACUUUUCAUUUUAUUGUUAUUUGUAGCUGCGGUGCAUCGAGAGAAGUUCCUCUUGUGUACCGCUUGAGAAGUGUUAUUUUAAUAAACAUGAUGAAAUCAG